AUGACUAAAAUCAGAAAUCUUUUCCCCAAAUUUUACAACUGGACCGACACUGAAUCCAGACAGCUAGCUAUGAAACGACUGAGCGACAUCCUUGUUAUCCUGGGCAUUGCAAGGAAAUUUUACUCUCCCGUGGUCAUGGAGAAAGAAUACCGUUACUUGCCCGUCUUCGAGGGACCCUUUCUGCAGGACCUCCUCCAAGCCUUUAAGAACAGGGCGGAAGUAGAACUCUUCGCGUUCGCCCACGGGACAGGCAAGUUGGAGCGGGACGCGUCCGUCUUUACGGAACUAGGUCAAUACGGGAAUGCUUUCUACACCCCUCACUUGCAUACCGUGUACAUACCGUCGGUUAUAUUGACAGAGCCGUUCGUGAUGUUGGACUCGCUCGUGGCCACCUACGCCCUCCUAGGAACCGUACUGGGACACGAGAUCUCGCACGCCUUUAGCCCGAAAUCGGUGGACCUACUGGCGACCGGUAUUCGGAGGAGAUGGAUGACCAACCGAACAUGGCGAGACUACAGCGCGCGGCUGGACUGCAUCAUCGACCUGUACCACCAGCCCUCCUUCGUCAGAUACGCCCGGUUAACUUUGGACGAAAAUUAUGCCGAUGUAGCGGGCAUGGAGAUGGCUUUUGCAGCCAUGAGGAGCGACCCGUGCGUCAAGCCCGACGCUCCGUCUGGAAUAGAGGGACUCAACAACAUGCAGCUCUUCUUCGUGGCACAUUGCUACAUGUACUGCACAUCGAACAAUCCACGAACUUACUUUUACGAUGGCUAUGCUGCCAAUUACCACAGGUGCAUCAAUGUCAUCAGACUUUUUAGGGAAUUCAUGGAUGCGUUUAGAUGUGUUGCACCACAAAACAAACAAUGCGUACUACUAUAG